AUGCGCAAAGAUUUACUUCCGGUUCCAACCCUACAGUGAUACUCUGUGGUAUUUUCCGUCUUCGGUUCUUAUAAACUCGAAAAAAGCCUCGAGCAAACAGUUGCUGAGCGAAAGCUGCCUGAAAGAAAUCUACCAAACUUUCUGUUUUGGGAAUCCGCAAGCAACCUGCCUGAUGUUCCGUUUCUUGUUGUUACUUAUUCUUGGCCUGCAAGCUUUGAGAGAAGCCCAAAGCCAAGGAUGCAGCGAUUCAGCGAAUCAUGCAAGGAGCUGUCCUGGUUGGAUUCCUUACUGUAAAAGCAGCUCCAAUUUUUACGCUUUUAUGCAAAUCAACUGCAAAAAGACAUGUGGUUUCUGCCCAGUGAAUGGCGGGUACAGUGCUUGGGGACCAUAUGGAGCUUGCAGUGUAUCUUGCGGAGGAGGCACCAAGACGAGGUCUAGAAAAUGCAAUAAUCCGGCCCCUAAAAACAACGGCAGGCCAUGCACAGGUCCAUCAACUCAAACAGCAGUUUGCAACUCUAAAUCUUGCCCUGUGGGCCAAGAUGAAGUAUGUGCAGACAGCGCGAAAGUUCGAAGCGCAUGUCCAACGUGGAAGACAUAUUGCAAAAAAGGCUCUCGUUAUUAUGAUUACAUGAAGGCUAACUGCAAAAAGUCUUGCGGAUUUUGCGUCGCCUCGUGUGAGGAUGAACCUUCCCAAGUAAAGAAUUGCCCAUUAUACAAACCUUACUGCAAAAAGGAUAGUAAGUAUUACAGUUGGAUGCAGAAUAAUUGCAAAAAGACCUGCGGGUUCUGCAAAACAGAGCAGAAAAAGUGCGGCUUGCGAGGCCUUUCGCAAUGGCGAGUCAUCGGUGGAGUGGUUGCUGAGCCUCACACUUGGCCUUGGUCAGUGGCUUUGCUGAAAUUUGGCACCUACUUCUGCGGAGGUUCCUUGAUAGAUAACCAAUGGGUCCUGACUGCGGCUCAUUGUUUGUUCAAUAGAGAGCACCAGGCUGAUUUCAUGGAGGUCGUGCUAGGAGAGCAUGACAGAACACUGGAUGAAGGGUCAGAAAAGAAAGUGAUGAUAGAAAAAAUAAUCAACCACCCAGACUACAAUUCCCGAACAUUGAAUAAUGAUAUCGCAUUGAUCAAGUUGAAAGAAAAGGUGGAGCUGAAGUUCACGGCGCUGGAUACACCUGACAAAAUUGGAGUUGUCUGUCUUCCAGAGGCGAUGAAGAAAGCAAAAAUUGGUCAGAAAUGUUACAUAACAGGUUGGGGCAAAACUAAGCACCCAGGCCCAAGCAGCAAUGUGCUGAUGGAAGCAGAGAUGCCUGUUGUGACUAACGAGGUAUGCAAGAAGCAAAACAAUGUUUGGGGGGGAGCUGAUAUCACAUCGAAGAUGCUGUGCGCUGGAAAUAAGCCAGGUACGAACCAAGGUGGUUGCCAUGGGGACUCCGGUGGACCUUAUGUCUGCACUGAAGACGGUGAACACUGGACCUUAACAGGGGUUGUAAGUUGGGGAUCCUCAACUUGCGAUCGGGCAGAUAAAUACACUGUUUUCGCACGUGUGAGCGAAUUCAUCACCUGGAUAGAGAAGACGAAGAAAGCGAACUAGCAAACUGCUGUAAUUAAAAGUCAGACUUGAAAAGUUAGAGAUAUUUAGUCACUUGGCUUGAAGUGUAUUUUCGUAAAUUGUGAAUCGUUACAUAUGACAUUAAAUAACUA